CUUCGUUUGCAGAGAUCUGGACUUUGCUGACUAGCUAUUCUCUAUUCUAAAGGGAGGAUUCAGCUGGAGCAGUUCUGCUGAUAAUAUCCUAUAAUUCAAGCACCCUUUAAGGACCAAUGUACCCAAUAGCUCAUGGAAGAAAAAAAUCAAAUCAGGACAUCCUUGGUUUCCAGGCUACCGAAAUAUGGAACGAAAACUUUAGGAAGUGUUUUGCAACCUAUGCCAAAUGGGACGGAUGUUAGCUUAGCAGGGAGUAAUGGUGGCAAAAAUUUCGGCAAGCACAAUGGCACCGUUCGCAUGUCUUCCUUUUCUUUCAACUGGAAAAAAUCAAAUAAAUAUCAACUUCAUGAUCAAAAUGGGAGAGAGACCAACUCUAAACAUAACUGUAAUGAAAAAUUAAUUGAUUCUGAGAAGUAUUCUCAGUCUCAAGGAGCAUUGGGUAAUGAUGUGCUCAGGGCGGGUUUGAACAGUACUGCUUCGGUUGCAUCAAAAGCAGCAAAGCAAACCAAUAUGUUUGUAUCUUCUACUGAGGAAUUAAACCCAAAGUCUUUGCCUGGACUCUCUAGUUCAGCAAAAUUCGCCAAAGGUACCCUAUCAGGAAGGACCUCAUAUUCUGGACUCAAUGCUCCAAAAUCACAUUUAAAUGGAUUUUAUGGAAAUAGGCCGGUAGUAGGUUUGCAGAGACCUAGAGCUAAUUCCAGUGCCACAAGAACAAGUUCAGGAGAAAGCCUGGCACAAUCUACAGACAAUAGCAAGGCUUUUUCCUGUGAAAAAAUGGUAAGAUCACAAAGUUUUUCACAUUCCAUUCAGAAUUCUUUCCUUCCCACUGCAUCUUUAACCAGGUCACAUUCCUUUAAUAAAGCUGUGGAUCUUACAAGGCCUUAUCAUAGUCAAAAUCUAGCUGCCAGGACAUCUCAGAGGUCAACUUUGUUGUCAAGAAAUGCACGUCAGUUGGAUGUACCCAAUGGAAAUGAACCUACGAAGUAUGGAUUUACCAGGCCCUACUCUGGUAUGUCGGCUCCUUGUUCAAAGAAGCCCCCACUGUCAAACGGAUCUGGGUCAGCACCUUCUUUUGGAUACAGAUUAAGUCGGCCUUCUCUGCUGAAGCCUACCAGGCAACGAUUUGCUGGAAAUAUCAUUGUGGAUGGCAGCAAAAGUACAACUCCUGACACAUGCAUCGUGGAGAACUCUGAAAUUUCAACAAAAAUUAAUAGAGCAAUUGAGAAAAACAGUGUUAUAGAGAGCAAUGCUCAAAGAACAGAAUCUGAUGAGGGUCUGCAUGAAAGUAUGGGAAAAGAUGGGUCAAAAGUGAUGUGUAUGAGCGAUGAUGGAGAUGAAAUAUCUAUAUCUUCUUUGUCAUCCUCUGAAAAAAAUGAUUUGAGUGAAGACUUCAGUGAUGAUUUCAUAGAUAUAGAAGACCCAAACAGAACUAUACAAAUACAGCAAAAGGAGAGCUGCCUUCAAGAAUUAGAGCAUAGGAGUAUAACGUCGAUCGAGCCAUUCACUUCUCUCAAGGGAAGUGGAGGAUCUUGCUGUAAUGCUGAUGACUGGCUUGAUAUAAACGUGUCUGCAGUGGAUGACAACAGUGAAAGCACAAAGCAUACUGCUGAGAAUGUGAUUUCUCCAGAGAUGAAUUACAGAGCUGGGUCCUCUUUUGAGCUUUCUCCAUCUGACAGCUCUGAUGGCACAUAUAUGUGGGAUGAAGAAGGGUUGGAACCUAUUGGAAGUGUCCAUCCAUGUGGAAGUUAUGAAUCUUCAGAAAUGAACAGCAUAGAUAUCUUGAAUAAUCUUGAUUCAUGUGAUCUUGAAGAUGAUGAUCUCAUGCUUGAUGUGGACCUGCCUGAGGACCCACCUCAUGACAAAGAGGAAUGUGAAAAUAUGAGCCGUUAUGAUAGACAAGACAGAAAUGGUAGGCAACAUCAGGAAGGAUUCUGGAAAAGAGCACCACAACAGCGAUGGAAUACACAAGAUCACUAUCAUCUUGGCCAUACUGAUCACUAUAUCCAUGGUAAAAAUGAUUUGAACAGGGGAUCAAACUACCUAGAAUCUCCUAUUGGUCACUUUGAAAGCUAUGGAGCACCAAAUUUUUACCAGGCUCCUAGACAGCUGGUGGGCUUACCGGAGAAUACUGUGAUGCUUGAUGAAAUGACCCUUCGGCACAUGGUCCAAGACUGCACAGCUGUAAAAACUCAGUUAUUGAAACUGAAGAGAUUACUGCACCAGAAUGAUGAAAAUGUGUCACUCCAGGACAUCUCGCUCUCAGUUCCAUCAAGUCCAGAACCACAAGAACCUGAGUCAACUUUUAAGAUGGACGAUCUGCUGAAUGAGAUCAGGCAGCUUAAAGAUGAAUUGAAGAAAAAGGAUGAAACAAUCAACCAAUUAGAGCAUCAACUUGCCACUAGAUGUAACUGCCAGAAAGACAGUCAAAAACCUACAGGGGCAAUGUGCACGUAUGCUGAUAAAUUUACGCAAACCUCCUGGAGGAGGAGUUCUCCUCAAGUACUACAGCCUUCCAGCAGCCUUCCCAGUUCCACAGACCUCGCCCAGGGAAAACUAAUAAAAAUGCCACAUAUCGAGGCCCACAGUGAAUAUCCUAAACAUGGUCUGCAUGAAAAUAGCAAUCAUCAGAAUCAAAAUGCUGCAAAUGUCUCUCUCAGAAAUAGCCUGAAUGAUGUAAACUCUUUAAUGAGCAUACAGUUAAACAUAAGAGAUGAGAAUGCAUCAUAUUUGGAAAAUUUGAAAAAUAAAAAUACUGAAGACCCUGGAGAGGUGGCUAGUAAUAAAGAAGGUACAUUACCAUCUCGUUCCUGUUUUCAGACCUCUACACGAGCUGAUGCUAGAGAGGUGCAGACUGAAUUAGCUGUGAAAGGUCAACGCUCAUUCACAAACCAGGCUUCUCGGCCAAAGACUUUAAGAAUUGCAAAGCCCCCAAAUGCUUUAGUGCCUCCUACGAUGGCCGUUCUUGCACGAUCUGCAAAUCAUUCCGCUGCUUCCAAGGAACGUGAGCUUCUACCAUUAAGUAGUUCGACUCAGCUACAGCCAACAUCUGGUCAGGAUAACCUAAAGGGUAAACAGAGUCAGAAAGUGUCUAAACUUCGCCCACCAACUAUGUCCUUUAUUAAAUCUAAGCAAAUGAGCAGUCAGAAAUCCACACCAGUAUCUCCAGAGCCUCAAAACACCUGUAUGAAGACUAACAUCCCAAAGCCACCGGUACAGAGAAAGGAAAACGUGCAAACACAGGAUACCGGUUUGCAUUCUGGGGAUAGCUUGCCCUCUAAUCGGCAUUCCCGCCUCCCUAAACCAAAGACACAUUGAGAACAUACCUACAUCUCAUUGAAUGAUGCCAUACAUUAAACUACUUCCUAUGUUUUGACUGCCUUUGAGGCUGCUUUAUCUACAGCCUGCAAAUCCUGAGUGAAUAUUAAAAAUAGCAUCUUUCUUCAGUGUUUGCACACUCCAUCCUGUUAGUUCUGAGGCUCAUGUUAUGAGCUGUGCAGCUUCUCUUGAGAGUGUUAUAUCGUAGGUCUGUAUUAAAGUUUGUAUUUCCCAGUGAUCUUAGUAAUUAAGCAAAUACUGAAGUCUGUGGUGACCACAAAUACCAGAAUGCUGCACUAUGUAUUUCAGGAUGGCAGAAAUAAUGUCUUACCUCUGUUUAUUUGAGUUAUUAGACAAAUUACUAUUCAGUUUAGCUUCUUGAUUCUGAGUACUCAUUAGGUUAGAGUGGUGGAAAAUUAGACUUACUAGCAGAUAUUUUAUUGGCCAUAAUUCUGACUCUGUAUUCCAGAGGCCUAUGCAAAAAUUCUCGUAUUUAUCAUUAUCUCAAGACUGACAUAUUUAAUGUUAUUUAAUCUGAUGGGUUGGGUGGGUUGUGUUGUUUUGUUUUACUGUAAUCUGAAGUUGCUCUGUUCUUUAUUUAUCCCAUUUUCACUGUUCACAGACAAUAAGCAGAUUUCACAGGGUGAAAUGAAUCUUCUCUCUUAAACAUCAUCAUUUGUUAAAAGAUUGUGGUAUGUUUUUAUUGUGUUGAAUAGACACAUUACCGGGUAGAUUCUUGAAACGCAGUGCUAAGGAUACUUGUGCAAAACCUUCCAAUACAGGCUCUUACGAAUUGGUAAGUAGGGAGCCUCUGGGAAUAAGGGGUCCAUAACACCUAUGUCGAGGUUGCACAACAUGCAUUUUAAUUAAUGUUUUUUAACUUUUAUUGUACUACUUGUAUUUAUUGAUUUCUGUUUAAUAUUGAAAGACUCUGAAGUACCUGACUUGAAAUUUUGCACAAACUUUGCCAUAUGUGUGAGGAUUUGAAACUAUUUUACAGAAUAAAACUUGUAUUAAAAAAGCAAUUAUUUAAAAAAAAAAAAAAAUUUUAACCCCACUUAUUUGCUUUGAGCAAUCCUGUUAUGUCCUAAUCCAGAGCUGGUACUCUUUUGAGUUUUUCAGAGAUGUGUAUUUUGUGUUUGGUUUUUUUGUAAAUUUUUUUUUUUGUAAUUUCUAAAGUAGUGCAUGAUAACUGGGAAGGAGCUUUUUGGGGAAAUAAAGCAAAAAAACAUU